AUGCAGUCCGUUUACAACGCCAAUGCUACAUACUUCUUCACUUCUUUCUCAUCUGGAACACACAUGGGUGUGUACGAGAAAAGUGGAGCAUUGUGUCUCAUGGGUGUCAGAAUGAUUUUGGAAGUGCGGCGUUCAUCCAAGCGUGUGCCGUUGCUUACACGCUCGUUUACAUCGGAAUUUGAUGAAGUUCAGGUUCCUGUGCAGCGCGUAACCUACGGAGGACGCCCGUCAACUAGAAGACCACGUAUAGAAACGUCUACCACUUCGGCUAGGAAGAGAAAUAUCAUCGUACAUAAUCCGCAUGAGACCAGUGACGAAAGUGAUUUUUGGUCCGGUUGGCCGUGGGGUCGACAGAAUUCAUAUCAGAUGAAACCAGCGGAGGAUCUAUCACCGGCGUUUGCGGAUAUUCAAAAUCUUGAAUGGAAUCCAUGGUCAUCGGAGUAUUUCAACUAUAGUUGUAAGUUGAUUAUCACUAUGUUACAUUUUCGACUGUCAGGUUAUUCAGCGUAACU